GUCCCCACCCACCAGAGUUCAGAAAGUUUAGCCCAGGUCCAACGUCUGUGAGAAUACUUGGAGAAAUUGUCUACGAGUAACGUUAGGCUAACGUUACUAUUUGGUCGCUUAAGUUGUAUGUAUUUCAGAGGGUGGGUUGGAGAACAGCAGGCUCGGGCAUUUUUUUACACCACAUCUGCUGAAAUACACAGACCAGAAUUAUUCUACAGGUUUGAAUAAGAAGUAUUUAAGCUGGACUGGACUGCCUUCGACUGAUAAUUGUGGAACGAUGGAUACUCACAAGCGGAUCGGGCAUCGGAUCGGGAAAGGUCCUGCUCAACGGAACCUGUUCGGCCCAGUCGAUAGAGAGCAGCUGCGGGUGGAGUACCAGGCUGCCCUUCAGAAAGACCUGGAGGAGGCUUGCCAGCGAUGGGGCUUUGACUUCAUCUCAGACAAGCCUCUGGAGAGCAGCAAUUUCCAGUGGCAUGCCAUCCCAGCCACCAAGGUGUCGCUGAUCUACAGAUCCGGCAUGUUUGGUCCGGCACGUACAGAAGGUCAGCGGGUAGCAGAGCCAGCAGUUAAGCCCAAGGGACAAGGAAGGGUGGAGCCACCACAGAGCGACAAGGAGAACAUCCCAUGUUCGCCAGAGAGAUGUGCGCUCAACCAGGAGAGAACACCACAGAGAAGAGAGAACACAGGGCUGAAGAGGAAGCAGACAAACAUUACAGAUUUUUAUCAGGCUAAAAGAAGAGUAGUGUUGAUGCCACUCAAAUCCGACGAGUGAUUUCCGGUGCAGUAUCCUGCAAAAGUUGCCAAUAUCCCAAGAGAACCACACAAAGUGCUACACUCAAGAAAUCUACAGUCAGCACAGUUACUCACCAGGAGGUACUGGACCCAGUGAACUAUCUGACAUAGAAGAGACCUCAGCUAGACAUCAUUAUAAUAUAUUCCUGUAAGGUUAAUUAGGGUACUGUAUUCACUCUAAGGGGGGUUGGCGUUCACCCAGUGGUAAGAAGGGGACAUUUGAGCAGAGAAGAUUAACGGUAAUCUCUCAAAUCAGUGGAUUUAUACUGAUUUGGAUCAUGGGAAGACUGAAGAGUUGAGUGACAUUUCCUACUGUACAUUCUACAGGUCUGAAAAUGCAGUUACCUCUGUACUUUUAGCAGUAUGGAGAUAUGAGAAUGAACACAUUACUGUAGAGGCUUGAAACAGAUGUCAUGUUGGUUAUAAUUAUUGUGCAGAUUGCAGAGUAAUCUUAAACCCUCUGGUUCCUCUGUUCAAAUCCAUCAUUUAUGUUUGAAAUUUUGUUUUUUUAUAAUGUUUUUUGUAGAGCCCGACCGAUAAAGGAUUUUUAAGGCCGAUAUUCUGAAAUAUCAGUCUAAACAUAUAUUU